AUGGGAGAUCAACAGCAGGCCGGCGGGUGGCUGAGCUUCGCCAAUCCCCACGACCCCGAGGCCACCGACCCAGCUUUGUUGAAGCAGAACUCUGAGAUCCGCACAUACAAGACGGACCGCUACACCUACCCUGGAAUCCGGACCUUUUACAAACGGCACCCUCAGGCCGAUCAGCUGCCGAAGCCGCCUAUUCCUCUACUUGUCUUCAUCCACGGCCUGGGAGGCUCUGUGGCACAGUUUCACCCGCUGCUGACGAGCCUUGUUCACAUCUCAUCAUGUUUGGCUAUCGAUAUGCCCGGAUGCGGCCGCUCCGAGUUUCGACAGACGGCGUGGGAUGCUUACACUACAGAAGCGCUGGCUGAGCUUCUAGAGGUCAUCAUCAACGAGUACCGCCAGAAAGAACCUGAGCGUAAGGUCGUCCUCAUCGGCCACAGUAUGGGCACAGCUUUGUGCGCGCAACUGGCAAGCCGCAACGCCCCGCACAAGACAGAUCUGCGGAAGCAUGUCGUCGGUUUGGUUGCUAUUUGCCCUCUGGCUGGACCUCCGACGGAGGACAAGACUGCGCUCUUCCGGAAACUGCUAUGGAUUCCCGGCUGGUUGUUUGAUCUAUGGAGGGCAUACGAUCGGUGGGGAGGUCCGCAGAGUGUUAGCGUCAGCCGUUUUGUCGGCCCUGAAGCAGACCUUGAACUGCGCAAGCUACAAGACCGCUUCAAUAACCAAAGCCGCACGCCGGUGUGGCGACGUAUGGCGUGGGGCUCCCUGCCGACAUUCGAAAAUGGCGUUGCGAAGGGUGGCGUGCCAGGAAAGGAUGUUUGGGCUGGCGUUGAUGUACCCGUCUUUCUCGUCGCGGGAGAGGCUGACAAGCUCACCUCUCCGGAUGAAGUUGGCAAGAUCGAGGAGUACCUGUCCGGGAAGGCCCCUCUUUCACCAGAAACAGGGUCAGAUGAUGGUCAUGAAACCAUUGUCGACGCUGCCGCACCGGUCAACACAUCCAAGAACCCCGCGGACCACAUACCUGAGAGCAUAGACGACAUCACAGACGAAGACUUCCAGCGCGACAGGCGGCUGAACGAAGAUGCAGACAUGAGUCAUGAGGAUCCCUCCACACCACAAGAAUCACCCGCGAAUAUCCCGCCACAGCCUCGACACCCCACCAAGGUCGUCAAGUCGAUCAUCAUGCCGGCACCGGCUAACCAUGCCUUGCUCUUCAUGCCGUCUACCGUCAGGAUCCUCGCGGGCCGCAUCUCCGACUUCCUUGCCGCUCACGUCACCGGUCGUUUCUCGUUAGGAUGGCAGCUGCAAUAUCUCUCGCGCGAGGGCAAAUGGGACGUGAAGAACCUCGCAAAGUGGAAGAAUGUCGUUCCAGUUUCUCAUCCCAUCGGCCCCAAGGGAAAGCCUGCGGUCUUUAGGGCAAUGAAGACGCUACGAGAGGCCGAUGAUGUACACUGCCCCUCGGAGUUUGUAAAGAAUUGGGGAAGCAUCAUCAAGGAUGUCGUUGACAUUAGCCAUGACCAACCGGUCUACGACCCUAGGAGCAUGGAGAAAGGCGGUGUGCGCUACCACAAGUUUGCCACAGUGUCCAAGAUCCCGCCCACGGCCGCGGAAGUCGCGACCUUCACCGCGCUUAUCGACAAGCUGAGGGAACAGCAGAAGAAGAGGGCCGAGGAGGAGGGUUGGCAGGAAGUUGACGGGCAGAACCAGGUGAUUGGCGUGCACUGCCACUACGGCUUCAACCGUACGGGGUACUUUAUUGUGUGUUACUUGGUCGACCGGUGCGGGCUAGGGAUACAGGAGGCGAUUGACACGUUUGCGAAGGCGAGGCCUAACGGGAUCCGCCAUUCGCAUUUCUUGGAUUCGCUAUUUGUACGAUACUCGGAGUUGAAGAAGGGGGAAGACGAGACCGAGUCGUGA